GCGGUGCUCUGUGUAUGAUUGUGGGGCCUUUCUUUUGUCAAUCUGAUGGUGUUGACUACUUCGUGCCACUGUGUCUGAUGGUGUUGGGUACUUUAUGCCACCGAUGCAGGAGAUGAGGGAGAGAGAGAGGGCAGCCAGGAAGCGAGAGGAAGAGGAGAAGGAGAGGCGGAGGCUACUCGCAGAGAGAGACUUGAGGAGGCUGGAUGAGAAACGGCAGCUUCUAGAGGAAGAGCUCGGGCGAAGAGAUACAGAGAAAAGGCUACGAGCGCGUGUCGCAGAGAGGAUGGCCGAGAGAGCUGCUGCUUUGAAGAGGGAGGCAAUGCGGAGAAGAGAUGAAAGAAUGCAAUCCAAAUCCAGCUCCAGCGACGAGGAGGACGAGGAGGAGCAGGACGAGGAGGAGGAGGAGGCGAUUGCUGAUCUGACGAGGGAACACAAGGCAGUGGAGAAGUCUAAUCAUCAGCCAGGAAGGACGGCAAGAUCACAAUCGAGGUCGCCCUCGAGGUCGCCCGAUGCUGAUCAGCGCAGGGUACAAAUGGUGGACGAAGAUGAUGAUAAGUCCAAACGACAGCUGGCAGGUUCGCCGUCACUGUCAACAUCGUCUUCGGCGUCUGAAGAGUCAGAUGAAGCUUCAGAUGAAGCUUCAGAGAAUAGUCUCUCGUCAGAUGAUUCCUUGGAGCGGCAGCUAGAGGAGGAAGACACGUACGAGCAGCCACAGAAGCGCCUACGAAGUAUCAUUGUUUGUUCGCCUAUGAGCAGCAGCCCAUAGGUCGGUCGGGAUGCAGCCCAUGGCCUGCUUCGAAGAAAGACCGAGAAGGCCGAAAGGCCCGAAACAAAGAGUGGCUGGCCGU